AUGUCACCGCUCUCCUCCUCUCCUCCCCGAGUCAAGGGCAGCUCCGGCUCGGAUGCUCCCGGCUCGGACGGACGCUCCCCGGCGGCCGCGGCGCUCCCUCCGGCCCGGGACAGGCGCUGCUUCGGCGGGGAGGCGACCGGCAGACUCCCGGGGAAGAUGCGGGAGAGGAGCCGGCGCAGAGGUGCCAGUAAUUUGGAGGUGAGGGAGGAUCAGAAUGAUAAAAUCCACACGGAGCGCCAUCUAAUCAGAAGGCACCGCUCGUCAGUCUUCUGCUCAAACCUCCUCAAACCGAGGUCAAGAGCGCUGAAGAGGAAGCAGCCAUCGCUGGAUGGAAAAGACCGUCUGCUCUACCAAAGCCGCUCGCCGUACAAGCGAGCGUCCUGGACAGUGACUCAGAAGAACGCCCUGGUUCAGCUGAACGAGUUACGACCGGGUCUGCAGUACCAGAUGCUGUCCAAGUCUGGACCUCUGCACGCGCCGCUGUUCUCUGUCGGAGUGGAGGUGAACGGCUCCCGCUUCGAAGGACGAGGACCGACCAAAAAGCAGGCCAAGAUGAGGGCGGCAGAGCUGGCUCUGCAGUCGUUCGUUCAGUUUCCGAACGCGCCUCAGGCUCACGCCGCCAUGGCCAGUUUCACCAGCGCGCCUGUGGACUUCACCACAAAUGACCUGGACGUCCCCGAAUCGCUGCUCAAAGAAUUUGAACCGUCACUCCUGCGCUGCAACACAUCAAAGCAGGAAGUCUUCUCCAGCAUUUAUAACCACAGACGGCUCAUUCGGUUCACUCUGGAUUUACCUUCCUCAACAAAUCCUAAAAGACGAGCUGUCAGCGCCUCGGUUCUAGAGCGUCUGAGUCCGGUGGUGCUGCUCAACGAGCUGCAACCUGGACUCAGGUACGUGUGUCUGACCGAGCGAGUUCCCGGGAGGCCCAUGAGGAACUUCGUCAUGGUGGUCCGGCUGGAGGGGAGGGUCUUCGAAGGCCUCGGUCACAGUAAGAGACUGGCCAAAGCGCAGGCGGCGGCGGCUGCUCUGCAGUCUCUUUACAACAUCAGUCUGGAACCAGAACGGAGGAUCCAGGGCUUCGGGAGCAGCAGGGCCAAACACCAGCUACCUCAGUUCUUCGCCGAGUCAAUUUUCCACUUGGUGACAGAGAAAUACACAGAGCUGACGGACAGCGGUUUGUCUGCCUCGCACACCCGCCAUAAGGUGUUGGCCGGGAUCGUGAUGACCAGAGGACUGGACCUCAGAUCGGCUCGGGUCGUGUCCCUGGCCACGGGCACCAGGUGUCUGGACUCCGGCCAUGUGAACGACGGCGGCUGUUUGCUGAGGGACUGUCACGCCGAGGUGGUCAGCAGAAGAGCCCUGGUUCGAUUCCUGUACACUCAGCUGGAGCUGCUGCUCUGUUCUUCUACAGACGUUGAAUCCAGAUCGAUCUUCGUCCCUGAGGCGGGCGGCGGCUUCCGGCUGCAGGACGGCGUCCUCUUUCACAUGUACAUCAGCUCGUCGCCGUGCGGAGACGCUCGACUCGGCUGCCCGUACGAACGUGGGAACCCGCUCGGCGGCUCGGCUCUCCAGCCGGGUCUGAGGCGGCCCGUCGCCGAGCGCUCCGUCUCCGCCAGGCUCCACUGUCGGCUCAGGUCAAAGGUCGGCGGAGGCGAGGGGACGCUGCCCGUCACGGCUCGGACGGCCAGUCAGGAACCUCUCCGCUCCAUGUCAUGCACGGACAAGAUGGCAAAGUGGAGCGUGGUGGGCCUGCAGGGGGCGCUCCUGUCUCACCUGGUGGAGCCAGUUUACCUGCACAGCCUGACGGUGGGAACCCUUGGCCACACCGGUCACCUGAGCAGAGCCAUGACGCGCCGCCUCGCUCCGGCCAAUCGACUGCCGUUUCCGUACCGAAGACAGCCGCCGCUGCUGGGCUGUCUGGGCAGCGCUGAGGUUCGUCCGGCAGGCAAAGCGCCCGGCGCGAGCCUGAACUGGAGCCUCGGGGACGCCGGCCUGGAGGAGGUCAGCAGCUCCACCGGGAGGACGAAGGCGUCGGGGGCGCCGUCGCGGCUCUGCAGACGCUCGCUGUCGGCUCGCUGGCUCAGGCUGCAGCAGCAGUUAAACGCUCCGGUUUUGGGAGCAGAAGCCACCACAGGAACUUAUUCUGGGUACAAGCUGGCUGCAGGACGCUACCAGAAGGCAGUGCAGCAGCUGCACGGCGCUCUGCAGGACGCCGGUCUGGGGACGUGGCUCCAAAAACCUGCCGAGCUCGGCAGCUUCACCGUCAGCGCGUGA